ACAUGCCCUUUAUUUAUAUGUUAUCCAGUUAAAUAAGUUAAUAGUAAAAGCAAAUAUUUUUAAAGCAAGCAUUGUAAAUAUAAACGAAAUCGGGACAUAAACUUUACUUCAGGAACUUUUAGUGGUUAUUCGUUUUCAUGUAAUACGUUCUAAAUAUGAACCGAUUCGUACUUUAUAUACGGGUUUUUCAAAUAUUUCAACUCCUGUGCCACAUAUCGGUUUAACUUAUCUUUCUUAUUGCAUUGUCAUUGGGUUUUGAGUCAACUGUGAAAUUUCAAGUCACUAGGUCAUUAGGAGGUAGGUCAAAAAUUGACUGCAAGAUUUGCCCCUAACAAACAUACAUACAUACAAACAUACAGAGCAAGUUAAAUAAAAGCUUGUAAAAAUAUGGGGAAUUCACGGUCAUCACGAAGCCCUUCUAAGCGUCAUCACCAUAAAAGCAAACACAAAAAACAUGGCAGACAACGCGAUGUUCGCAAAAGUUCUGUUCUUGAUGAACGAAAUGAACGCCAAUCCCGAAGCAAUAAUUUUGUGAAAAAAAAAAAAAAAUCUUGUGGCUCAACUGGUCCUAGUGAGUUUCAAAGUGAUGACCGCGGAUCUAGGAAACAUUCCCCUACUGUUAACAGUUCUAGUGAUAGUCAGCAAUCUAAUGACUGCAACGAUCUUGAUAAAAAUCUUAAACGUCGCAAACAAAUUGAUGCUGUUCGAGCUGCAGAUGUUUUCAUCCAACGUCGCCAGCAACAGAAGGAACAGCAGAUAAUUAAAGACGAAACAAGUAAGCGCAUUGAGCUGCUGGUCAAGAAACGAGUUGAGGAGGAGUUAAUAAGACGUAAAGAUGAAAUCGAAAAAGAAGUAAUUUGUCGUGUAGAAGCCGCGAAAUCCGAAAUGGAGCUGGAGUUAAUGUUUGAGUUGGAACAACAACGAGAACGUAUUCGGGAGGAGGCUCGACAUAGGGAGGAGUUUGACAAAAAGAAACGAGAAGAACUGGAAAAUAUAUUUGCAGAAAACAACAGAAGAAUUGAAGAGGCACAACGAAAACUGGUUAUUCGAUUGCGAGCGGCGCGCGGCACAUUAAAAAAAAAAUAAUAAAAUAAAUCAUUCCACAACAACAAACAGUGAAAGGUGAAAUAAAAAAAAACCGUAAACUGAAAACAUUUAAUAAACAUUAAUUGCUAAAUCAAAAGUGAACAUUGAAAAAACGCAUAAACAGAGAAAACAGUGAAACAAGUAGUGGCGAACAAAAACAAAGUGCAAAGGAGAACAUAAAUUCGCAUAGAAAAAUAAAAAAAUUGUGAUAGUGGUGUAAAAUAAAAGCACCAACCAUCUUCCACCGCAUCAGCUACCAUCGUCCAGCGCAGCAGCCAGCCACCGAAGCACCUGUUGAGACAGCUGUAGCGGAGCAUCACCAGCAACCGAAACAACAACAACAACAGGCAGACGGAAACUUGGGAGCAGUAGCGACGGAAGGUACCGCAUAGCAGCAGGCCAGUCACCGGUACAGUAGACCACCACACGAAA